GAGUCAGUGCUUCGUUAGAGGAGGGUACACAUAAAGUUCGAAAAAUCCCUUCUUAGAACUGUUUGAGUCCAUUUUAUCGACUUUGUUAAUAGUAGUAUGCCGACUUGGCGAAUUUUCUCAACACACAGCAAACGUUUGCGUAUCGCACGAGCAACAUCAAUGAAAACAAGUCGGGAUGGAGGAAUUAAACCACAACMAUAAAGCUUCGAGCUGUUACAGAGCCUCCAGUCGAAAUCCUCGCCGCAUACGACGCAUACGACGGGURCGACGACGAAAUCACAAUUUGAGGAAAACAAUGGAAGGAAUCCGGUUGAGAAGCGACUCUACUGGGUCGACGAAGAACGCCUUUUAUCAGGGAACAAUUGUGUCCGACUCUCGUCACGACAGCAACAAUGAUCGCCAAUCAUUGAGCUCCGAUGAUCUAGGCGGUGGCCCUCGGCGUAGGAAAAAAGGUAAAAGAAACUACGCCACAGGGAAGCACCCCCCUCUUCCUCGUCGAUCUUUGGCUUACAGCUCUGUGGGAAGCAACGAUGAACCAAACGACUUCCUAAACGAGAUGAUGACCCCYGACAAUUCGAAYUCAAACACCGAAGAUGAUCAUCCAAUCUUUGAGUUUUCUGCGGGAAACGACGAUCUCCGGUACAUUGGUGAUCGUGAUCGACGAAGUGUCGACAGUCAACGAGACUCUCUUCGAAUGUCGUCAAAUUCGCUCUUUGGGACAAAUUUACUAAUCGACGAUGUUUCUAGAGACAGCGGCGGAGAUUCCUACGGAGGGCCCAUUACUGGGAUGUCAAUGUUGGGUGACUCAAAUGCAAAUCCUGAUGCCACUCUCGAAUUUGUAGGGACGACCGGAGGAAACGGUCAAUCGAGACGAAUUAGCAUGCUCUCGACGAGUUCUGGGGUUUAUUUCCAYCAAUCUGCUCCACCUGGUCCCUUGUUACAAGCGUWUGCAAUUGGAGGAAACAGCCAMUCAGCUGAARCUCCUUUGCUCAAUAACAUGCCACUGAAUUUUUAUCCAACUCAGCAAGCGAGCAAUAUACUUCAAUACCCCCCGCAGUAUGGUUCAGUGGACGUCGCUCCCAACCAAAAGACGCCAUAUAGUACCUCAAGCGCAUCAAAACCACCUACAAUUAAAGAGGACGACGAAAGUAGUAUAAAGUCAAGACGCAACACAUAUUUCUGGAAUGAGGUCASUGGAAGAUUCGACGUUUCGGGUUGGUUGUCGAAGGAUGCUGUAUACGACGACGAGGGAAUUCCUUAUUUUGAAAGCACAGUCAACUGGACUAUCGCAGGUACUAUUCGAUGGCUGUUUUACAAUCCAAUUUACCCCGAAUUUACUUCACUUCAGCAAUUUUGUUGGGCUGUCAUUCUUGGUGUCUUCAUGGGGAUAUUUACCGCUGGCUGGAAACUCCUCAUAGAUGCCUGUGUUGAAUUCACCUGGAAGAAAGUUCCGGAAAAACUUCUGGAGUGGGGACUAUUUACUGGUGUCGAUGGGAGAUUUCCACUUUAUCACUAUAUGUGGAUAACACCUGGUAUUCUCAGUGGUAUCCUUACUUACAUAUCACACUCAUUGCAUACCCGAAUUCCAACCCAAGAUGAUUGGAUACACACACUCCAUUCGAAUGGAAUCCAAGAAUCAGACACCUUCAUACCGACUUUCGCCAUUUCAACCAUUGGUAUGACAUCCGGCCUUUCUUUGGGUCCCGAAUUGCCUCUCAUUCUUACUGCAGGGAUGAUUGGAUCGUGGCUUGGUCGAAUCUGUCGACAAUCGUUAUUGCAAGCACGGGUGAUGAAUCUUACAGCCGCUGCUGCUGCGAUUGGUGGAAUGUUUGGAUUUCCACUAGCGGGGGGAAUAUUUGUGAUGGAACUCCCACAUCGAAUGGGGCUUCAAUAUUUCGAGGCGCUUUCGCCGGCUACAAUUGCUUCUAUUGUUGCUGUAUUGAUCAAUCGCAUUGUUAUUGAUAACGACGUGACCGGAAUGUUUCAGUAUCCAUUCUUGAGCGAAAGUUUGCCGAGCUAUAUUUUCAAAGACGCAAUUAUCUACGGUSUUUUUGGGGGAGCUCUCGGAAUAUUUUAUACCCUGAACGUCAAAGGAAUUAAAAAAAUUGUAUGCCAUCUCCUUGAUUUUUGUGACAACCCCCCUGUCUCAUACGAUAACGAUGACACACGCACUGUUGACGACUUGGGGGAGUUGACCCCGUUUGUCACUCCGAUGAUGACCACAAGGAGCAAACCACAAUCUCCUUUUGCUGGUCUGAUACCUAAUAAAGCAACAAGAGCGGCAUUGACGAGUACAAUCGCGGGCAUUGCUGUGGGCAUUACGGGAAUUUUUCUGCCCCACGUCAUGUUUUGGGGAGAGGCUCAAUUACAAACCAUGAUUGACAAAAGAAAAACGCCUCUUCCGAUCUUUGGGCAAGGCGAUGAUCCUACCGCAGAUUUGGUGGCUUUAGGCCAGUGCAUGAUAGACCACGGCCAAGAAUCAUUCCUCAAUAUUAGGUGUUCGGUUGCAAUCGUCCUUGCAAAGAUAUUUGUAACGGGAUUGAGUCUUGGCACUGGGAUAGUCGGUGGUCACUUUUGGGCACCAUUGUUUGUUGGGGCAGCUGCGUCUCAAUUCUUUACAGAAUCYAUAAGUAUUGCGUCGAAGUGGCUUGGUGUCUCUACAUCGUUAACUCAAUAUCCCUGCGUUGCUCUUCUUUGCAUCAUGGGUGCAACUCAUGUUGUAACAUGUAAGUUGGUUUUUUUUUUCUGCUUUCAUGAUUGUGGAUUCAUUCUGAGAUUUUUCCUAAACGAACUCUUUUCUUCUAGUCCGGGCACACAUGGCCAUCAUUCUGAUCUUGACUCUUACAAUUGAUGCAUUUGUUCCUGAGGAUUACGCCUUGCGCAAUCUCAAGGUUGCUGGAGAUUAUUCGGCUGUCUUUCCUCUGUUGACAGUUGCGGUCUUCGUCGCAUUGCAGAUAUCUCGCCAWWCAACAUUUUAUGAAAAACAGCGAUCCCGUGGUGAUAUCCAAGCUCUCCCAGAAGCACUCUGUGAACCUGGAAAAGAAGGGAAACCAUUGGUUAUGGAUUACGAAGGGAAACUACAUGCUCUUGAUGACAGUGAUUAUGAGUACGAGACUGACUAUGAUUCUGACGACGACUUUUCGGAAUCUCUGAAGACAAAUGAAAUAUCUGUUACACUGAGCCAAGACGAUAUUGAAGCCAAUUUUCAAGAAAAGAAUAAAUACAAUGCUCCGUCACAAUCAUCGACCACUUCUUUACCAUCCUUACCAAGCGAUUCGAAGGAAAAAUCGAGCACCGAAUUUGGUACAUCACCAAGAAUUUCACAAAUUGCAAAAACUGAAUCUAAGCGAAAGAAGAGAAUUCAAGUUUUGGACCAACUUUUGAAUGGACCGAUUGAAACUACAAGUAAAAGGAAGACGCACCGAAGAACCAGGAGUGAGCCUCUUCUAUUGGAAGAGAUCAAUGAACGCAAAAAUUCAAUGUUCAGCUCUUCCGCUGAAAGUACUGUAUGGAAAAAACCCGUAUUAAAACGAGUCGACUCGUAUGGAGAGAUAGACCAGGGGCAACCUUCAUUGAUGGAUCAGGCACGGCGACGUGCCGCCUCUGUUGCGAAAGCUGAUAACGGGACGAAGAAGAAGUAUUGACUGAAGAUAUUUAUCAAAUUUGCACCAUGCUCGAUUCUCCCGAAGCCUUUAAGUGACCGAAAYGGUAUUCAAUCAGUCUUUUGUAGAACAACGUAGCAASUUAUUUUUUAGACUACUUUACAAUCUUUAGACUGAAGUCGACACAAGGGUAUCCCUGCGUAAGCUUUCCUUGGCUGACCACAUCAACAUGUUUGCAAAGGUAAUCCGGCAUGGUCUCUGUUGUAAUUCCCCCACUUGCUUCAACAAGCACRUGGGGAAAUUGGUUUUUGAAAGUCUCGGCGUCUUUCUUCAGUUGCUCUGGUUCGAAAUUGUCCAGCAUAACAAUGUCAGCACCGGCAGUGGCAGCUUCGAUGGCUUCUUCCAAUGAUUGGCAUUCAACCUCUAUUUUCUGGGAGAAUCCAGAUGCUUUUCUGGCGAGUUUGACUGCCUUUUCGAUGGARCCACACGACCAGAUAUGGUUGUCCUUCAGCAUGACCAUCUGGCUCAGAUCCAGACGAUGUGUUGCAACGCCACCUACCAAUAGACCAUACUUUUCAACGAUCCGGAAUCCUGGGGUAGUUUUUCUUGUCCCUGCAACGUACCCGUCCCAACCGAGGCCCCUAGCUCGCUCAAGUGCCUCGCGUGAAAGUGUUGCCACCCCCGAGCAUCGACUCAGUGUAUUUAGUGCCGUUCGUUCGCCCCGCAAAAUGUCACGGACGGGACCCGUUACGAUCGCUAAGCAAAGUUUUUCAUCUUUGAUGGCUUUGUAGUCUCCCUCGAUCGCAACAUCGUCUUGCCACUCGACUUUGCAUCCUAGUAGGUCGAAUACGUGCUGAAAGAACGGCUUUCCAGCAAAGACGCCCGCCGAUUUCAUCAAUAGCUUGGCCUGUUUUUCUUCGGUUCCCACCACUAAACCACCAACAUCGAAAGAUGGAAUAUCGUCGGCCAGCCAUCCUUGAAUCACCUGGUCGAGGUUUUGCGGUAGUAAAGCACUGAAAUCUGUCGUAGUUGUUGCCAUGGUUCUUGUUAUAUGUCAAAGGAUUGGCAGAUUAUCACUUGAUCGGAAGCUGAAUGUGGACUGUGGAAAGGAUUCUACAAGGUGACAAAGGUUGUUGUAUUGACGGAAUCGAGCAACAUUUUGUACGAGCACGGUUUACUAGAACAGUAAGCUCAAACCUCACAACGAAUGAUGCCAAAASGGAACGCGGAAGAAGGACAGACAAGAAAAAACUGGAUUUUAGAUUUUUCUUUCCGCCGCCGCCGCCAGUCGUGCCAUGCUGUAUUUCCGAACGGAAAAUACGAGUGCUUCUACUACACUACGAGUACGUACCGGUACAGAGUUAAGAGCCUCGCUACCGUACGGAAAAAAUUGACGAGAAUAGAAUACCAACAUCGAUCCUGUUCCUACCGGUAUUCCAAGAAGACACUGGCACUCAUGAAGCAUCAGAUGGUAACUUGUGCCAACUUGGCUCUACGAAAAGCUAAGGAUCGAGAAAAAAAGAUGGUCUCAAUGGCUUUUGGUUUUAUUUGAAGACAGUUGCUACGAGAAAAAUACUCGCUAUGAUUGAAUCUAGAAAUAAAUAUGAAAUCGAAAAAAUUAAAAAAAUCUACCAGUAAUUGUGACACCGUUGGGGCCUGCUGCCUUUAGCUGUCUGAUAAUUUCGGCGCUGGCUUCUAGUGUGAAAUCAAAUUCUCCGGUCACACUUCCCAUCGUGAAUUCAACUUCGUUGCUCGACACAGCGAUGGAAGAUUCACCGAAAGGCGAGAAGGAGUUUGUGAAAGACGGAAUUCCUCCCCCAAGAGUAUCGGCGUACGUUGGGACACCAGCUCCGUCAAUGGUCGAGGAAGAAACAAGGUUGCUUGCGUASGUAUUAAUACCAGCACCACCGGCUAGGACAGAGGUGAGUGGCAAUGUUUCAACGUAAGUUGUGAUUCCGGCUCCUGAGACAGCGGAGUCACUGUUGGAAAGAGCGUCCARGUACGAUGCAGAGCUUCCAGCUACGGACCCAACAUCUGAAACAGCAGCUACAGGGGCUGCGGCAACGGGCGUAGGUGCAGCAGCCACGGGGGCGGCRGCUACCGGAGCAGGAGCAUCAAUCGAAGCACCAAUUUCGGAUGCGUAAGCAUUGAGAGAAGAAGCGUAGGUGUUGAUACCGGCACCUCCGACGGCAGCAUUCUUGGGAAGAGCAUCGAGGUAGCUAGUAAUGCCAGGACCAGUAACACUGGUGGCGCCGUUUCCAAGGAUAUCCAAGUAAGAAGCGCUGCUCCCWGCGGUACCGGGACUGGAAGCAGCAACGGAAGGYGCAGAACUUCCUACUCCACCCAAAGCAUCCAGGUAUCCCGAAGAGGUCGAUGCAGGAACAUCCUCUGAUCCACUUGUGAAAUAGAAAGCAGGACUAUCC